GGUUUUCGCUCAGUGCUUUCAUUCGGUUCAUUCCUACUCUCGCUGAUCAACAAUCUUCCAUGGCUGAACGCGCCACCUCCGAAACUCGCCUCAACGUCUCUGCUGCACCUCCAUUGCAGAUCUCCAAAGAUGCCCAAGGCUCUGACAUUCCUAUUCCACUCUCACCACAGUGGCUUCUGCCAAAGCCAGGGGAGAGUAAACCUGGAACAGGAGCUGUGGAAAACCAUGCGUUGUCAAAUCCACUGUAUGGCAAUCGCCCAGAGACUGUUAAGACAUCUGGAAAUGGAGAGGAUGCCCAUGAUACCCAUAAGAGAAAGGAUGUCUUUAGGCCAUCCAUGUUUGAAUCAGAAGGUGGACGCCGUGAUCGUUGGCGUGAUGAAGAGAGAGACACUAUGUCCUCCAUACGUAAGGAUCGUUGGAGGGAUGGAGACAAAGACCAAGGUGAUUCUCGGAGAGUGGAUCGGUGGACAGAAAACCGGAAUGGUGACAAAGACCUAGGUGAUUCUCGGAGAGUGGAUAGGUGGACAGAAAAUCGGAAUGGCGACAAAGACCUUGGUGAUUCUCGGAGAGUGGAUCGAUGGUCAGAAAAUCCAUCUGCAAGGAACUUAGGAGAAGCACGCCGUGGCACAUCUGAUAGCCAUAGACGGAAUGAUCCAGGAAGCCGAGAAACUAACUUUGAUCAGCGGCGUGAGAGUAAGUGGAACACACGCUGGGGUCCUGAUGAUAAGGAGUCAGAAGGUCUUCGUGAAAAAUGGACCGAGUCUGGAAAAGAUGGUGAUAUACAUCUGGACAAAGGUUCGUCUCACAUUUCUAAUCAUGGAAAGGAUGAGAAGGAGGGAGAUCAUUAUCGGCCAUGGAGACCUAACUACUCACAAAGCCGUGGAAGGGUAGAGCCUCCCCUUUCCCAAAAUACAACACCAAACAAACAAGUGUCUACAUUUUCCUAUGGGCGUGGUCGCGGUGAGAAUAUGCCCUCAGUUUUUAGUCUUGGACAUGGCCGCGCUGGCUCUGGUGGUAGCUCUUUGAAUAGCACAUACCCUGGAACUGCAUUGGAUAAAGCUGAAAGUGGGCAUGAAGAAUCUUGCCUCUUCAGAUAUAAUAGGACAAAAUUGCUUGAUGUGUACAGAGUGACUGAUAUGAAUACAUAUAGAAAACUAGAUGAUGAUUUUUUGCAGGUACCUCAUCUCGCACAGGAUGAACCAUUGGAACCUCUAGCUCUUCUGGUACCAAAUUCUGAGGAACUGUCUGUCCUAAAGGGUAUUGACAAAGGGGAAAUAAUUAGUAGCAGUGCACCUCAGGUGCCAAAAGAUGGAAGGGGGGGCUCAACAGAUUUUACUCAUACAAGACGAAUGAAGCUUGGAAAUGCACCUCUCCAAGAUAGAGGUGAAGAUGGAGGGUCUUACAGAGUGGCUGAUGAGGUGUCCAGUAAUAGAGAUUCAUCCUUUGAAGGAAAUAGCUCUGUUCAUCCUGGUGCUGCAUGGCGAGCCAUGCCAGUGAGUGAACAUGCAACCACUCUCUUGCACGAUAGCAGAGAUGGGCCUAGUGAUCUUAAAUUAAUAAAAUCACAUAUGAGCUCAUACCAGCCAAAAGAUCCUCAUAAUCAGAGGGAAAGUAAUUUGGGUUAUUUAUCUGACUCUAAAGAAGUAGGUAAGUGGCAAGCUGGUGAAGAUCCUGUUGUUAAGAGGCAGCUAUCUGGCGUUUUGGACACUGAACUGGAAACCAGGAGAGUUCUGCAGACUGCUCCAGAGGAGUUAUCUCUUUUGUAUAGAGAUCCAAAGGGUCAAAUCCAGGGUCCAUUUAAAGGAAUUGAUAUUAUUGGAUGGUUUGAGGCUGGAUAUUUUGGUAUUGAUUUACCUGUUCGUCUGGAAAAUUCAGCAGCUGAUUCAACAUGGUCAUCUCUUGGCGAUAUCAUGCCCCAUUUACGAGCUAAAGCCCGUCCACCACCAGGGUUUUCUGCACCAAAAUCAAAUGAAUUUACAGAUGUACCUGGCCGGCAAAAUUCCAGUACCUUAGGAAAUACCCUUACUGGUUUGAGUGAGGUUGAGUUAUUGAGAAGUGAUUCUAGGCAUAGGCAGAGUUCUGCUGCAGAAGUUGAAAAUAGGUAUCUGGAGUCCCUCAUGUCUGGUAACAAGAGCAGUCCCCCACUUGAUAGUCUGACAUUAUCAGAAGGUUUACAAGGUUUUGUUGGAAAUAAUUCUGGUAAUCUUGGCCCACCAGGAUUAGAUAGUGGAAACAAGCUUUACUUGCUUGCCAAGAGGAUGGCACUUGAACAACAGAGGUCCUUACCCAAUCCUUACCCUUAUUGGCCGGGGCGAGAUGCUGCUGCCCUUGCUCCAAAAUCAGAUAUUGUGCAAGAUGCAUCCCUGCAUUCAAAACUUUUGUCCUCAGUGAGUGACAAUUCCCGUCAACCUCAGUCCCAAAAUUCUGAGUUGAUGUCAAUCAUCCAAGGAUUGUCUGACAGGACAUCCGCAGGCUUAACUAAUAGUGCUGCUGGAUGGCCAAACUAUCCCUUACAGGGUGGAUUGGAUCCCCUUCAGAAUAAAAUUGACUUACUUCAUGAUCAGAGUCUUUCUCAAGUGCCAUUUGGAAUUCAACAACAAAGGCUGCAAGCACCAAAUCAAUUGUCUUUAGGAAAUUUACUGGCUCAAGCUGCUGAUAGCCCAUCUAGUCUUUUGACAGCAGAGAAGCUACUUUCUUCUGGUCUAUCUCAAGAUCCGCAAAUAUUGAAUAUGCUCCAACAGCAAUACUUGUUGCAGUUGCAUUCUCAGGCAGCUGCUCCAGCACAGCAGAUGCCCUUGUUAGAUAAACUCUUGUUGCUGAGGCAACAACAAAAGCAGGAGGAGCAGCAGCAGUUAUUGCGGCAACAAAAGCAACAACUGCUUUCUCAAGUGCUGCAGGACCAGCAGUCUAACCAGCGCUUUGGGGAUACAUCUUAUGGACAGUUGCCAGGUGUAAUACCAAUGGGGAAUUUGCGUGUGGAUCCUUCUCAGCUUCAACUUCAACAAGAUAUUUUUCCCAUGAGCUCUCAGACUCCAAUUCCCAUUGUGCGCAAUGAGCUUAGUACUGAUUCUUUGAAUUUACCUCUGAAAGUUAGCCAAGACACAAGUUAUCAUGUAAGCGGUGAAGCUUCUUCUAUACAUCUACCACACCAAUUAUUUGGGAAUUUGGGUGUGGAUCCUUCUCAACCUCAACCUCCACAAGAUGUUUUUCCCGUUAGCUCUCAAACUCCAAUUCCCAGUGUGCACAAUGAUCUUAGUACUGAUUCUUUGAAUUUACCUCUGAAAGUUAGGCACGACACAAGUUAUAAUUUAAGCAGUGAAGCUUCUUCUAUACGUCUACCCAACCAAUUAUUUGGGGAUACUAGUCCUCAGAAAAACUGGGGGCCUCUUCCUAACCAAAUUAUUGAAAAGUAUCAGAAGGAAAUGUUCCCCAUAUCAACUCUGGUUGAGAGUUCCCUAUUGCAUGAUCAGAACAGAUCCAAAGAGGAACCUCACAUUGCACAGGAACCUGUUUCUGACUGUACUGUUAAAUCUGUGGAGUGGGUUCCAGACAGCACUUUUAGACCUGAUGGUAUUGUCAUGACUGCAACUUCUAAGCCUGAUAAUAAUUCUGGACAUUUACAGUGUAUUGCACCUCCUGUUGCUAUAUCUUCAGCUGGAUCUAGUGGGGCUGAGUUACCACCGGCCAGCUAUCUUGGUACGGUUGUGAAGAUCAAAUCAGAUAUUGUGCAUCAAGAGGAGCAGGCUGGAAGAGACAACUCUAAUGUUGAGCCCUCUGUGCAAAACGUUGAAGCACUUGAACCCAAAAAAACUACUGAGAAGAAAUCGAAGAAGCAAAAGUCUACCAAAUCUCAGUCUUCUGAUCAAGCAAAGGGAUCGCAGAAAAACGUGACUUUGCAACCAUCAAAACAUUCAGAAGCUGAAAUGCCAAACUUUAGGGAGUUGGGGGAAGCCAACAAGGAUGAAGUACAUGAAACAUAUCUGCAACAAACAAGUGGUAAGGGAAAUCAGACUGGAAUUGCUGUCCCAGAGGCAGCUUAUCAUCAAGAAGUUAGUAGUCUGCCUGCUAGUGUUACUGGAAGCAUCACUGAAACAGUUGUUGUGGGUGAGUCCAAGGCAGCUGGUUCCAUUUCCACACAGAAUGAAUCACCUGCAGGAAGAGCUUGGAAACCUGCUCCAGGUGUCAAGGCAAAGUCUUUCUUAGAAAUUCAACAGGAAGAGCAAAGAAAGGCAGAGACAGAAAUGCUUGCAUCUGAUGUUGCUACUUCUGUCAAUUCAACAAGUCUGAUAACUCCCUGGGCUGGGGUUGUGGCCCAUCCAGACUCUAUAAAGUUAUCUGGUGAAAGUCACAGAGGAGGCAAUACAGAAUACCCUGUUAAAUCUAAAACUUCUCAAAAUCUUAAGAGCAAGAAAAGUCCGCUACAUGAUCUAUUAGCAGAAGAAGUAUUAAAAAAAUCUAGUGAAAGAGAUGCCGAGGUUCCAGAUAGUACUUUGUCCUCACAAAAUAUACCUGUGCAUUCAGAGUCACUAGAUGAUAGCAACUUUAUUGAGGCAAAAGAUACUAAAAGAAGCCGUAAAAAGUCAACAAAAUCAAAGGGUUCAGGAGCUAAAACAUCAAUGCCCAUUACAUCUACUGAGGUGCCUGUAGCUUCAAGCCCCAUUGAUAAGGGAAAAGGUUCCCGCUCUGCACAGGAGGAGAAAGAAGUAUUGCCUGCCAUCCCUGCAGGACCCUCUCUGGGAGACUUUGUUCCUUGGAAAGGAGAGCGUGAGCCACCGAGCCCAUCUCCUUCUCCAGCAUGGUCUACUGAUUCUGGUAGGGUUCCUAAACCAACUUCAUUAAGGGACAUUCUGAAGGAGCAGGAGAAAAAGGCUUCUUCUGCAGUGCCCACUGGCCCAAUGCCUUCCCCUCAGAAAUCACAGCCUGCCCAGGCUACUUGGAAUAGUAGUUCUUCACGGUCAAUUUCAGCUUACUCUCCAUCUAAAGCUGCCUCUCCAAUUCAGAUAAACUCUAAUGUCUCUUCUCAGUCAAAGUACAAGGGGGAUGAUGACUUGUUCUGGGGUCCAAUUGAGCAAUCUAAGCAAGAAACUAAGCACAGGUCAGAUUUCCCUCAGCUUGCAAGUCAGGGGAGCUGGGGGUCGAAAAAUGUACCCUUGAAAGGUAACUCUCCCGGAAUAUUAACCCGACAAAAAUCAGCGAGUGGCAAACCAACUGAACAGUCUCUGUCAUCAUCACCUGCCUCUUCUCAAUCAAUGUUGAAAUUGAAAAAAGAUGCCAUGACUAAGCAUUCUGAGGCCAUGGGCUUCAGAGAUUGGUGUGAGAAUGAGUGUGUUAGGCUUAUUGGGACAAAAGAUACAAGUUUCCUUGAAUUUUGUUUGAAGCAAUCCAGAUCAGAAGCUGAGAUGCUUCUCAUGGAAAAUCUUGGAUCAUAUGACCCUGACCAUGAAUUCAUUGAAAAAUUUCUCAAUUACAAGGAGUUGUUACCAUCAGAUGUUUUGGAGAUAGCAUUUCAGAGUAGGAAUGAUAAGAAAGUUAGUGGAUUUGGUGCUGCAGGCAUGCUAUCUGCAAAUGCAGAUAUACAGGAUGUGGACCACGCUGAAGGAAACUCGAAAGGAGGUGGAAAGAAAAAGGGUAAGAAAGGGAAAAAGGUCAGCGCUUCAGUUUUGGGAUUUAAUGUUGUGAGUAACCGGAUCAUGAUGGGUGAGAUCCAGACAGUAGAAGAUUAAGAUUAUUAAUGGAGGAAGUCAUUACGGUAGAUGUAAAUACAUUUUGGUCGUACUCUGUAAAUGCUUUUUCCGAUUUAGAGUUUUUAUUUCCUUUUUUACACAGAAACGGUUGCAGCAUUUAUUGGAUCUGCUUAACCAAUUUUGUUAUCUUAAUGUAGUUGUUUUGACGUUUGAUAUCGCUUAGAAUGAUAUAAUCUUCCGUCAAC